AUGUCACUAUCAUUAAGAAGAAUAAGAUUUCAAGCCAGUGACAAUGAAAGCAGUCCAGGUAGUGGUGAUGAAUCUCCAUCCAGUUCAGUUGUGCGAACGUGUCAAGAAAAGACGAAGCGUGAUAUUGGUGGACCAUGUGAUACAAACUGCCAUAUUGACAACACAAACCCUAAGAAUCCAACAUUAACGUCUAAAAAUCACUGUUGUAAAUUGUUACAAGGUCUGCGUAGUCUACGUAUGACAGAUACUCUCUGUGAUUAUUCGGUCAUCGCUGAAGGUCAAACGAUUAAAGUUCACCGUGCUGUCAUGGCCGCUUGUAGUGAUUAUUUUCGAGUAAUGCUCACUAGUGAUAUGAAAGAGAGUCGUGAAGCGUGUGUAGAAUUAAAGGGUGUGACUGCCAGUGGACUUAGUUUUGUGGUAGAUUUUGCUUACACAGGAAAGUUGGAAUUAACAUUAGAGAAUGUGGAAGAUGUUUUGUCUGCUGCGACACAUCUGCAAGUGGCAGACGCGGUGGAGCUGUGCUCAAGAUUUAUUGAAAUUGCCAUUACGUUUGAAAAUUGUGUUGAUGUAUUGAAUUUAGCUGAACUGUACAAUCUUUCUGCAACAUGCAUGAAAGCUAGACAGUACAUGUUGGAAAAUUUUGAAAUUGUGGCUGCAUCUGAACAAUAUUUCAAAUUAACUCCCAUUCAACUGGCUUCCAUGUUAGCUGAAAAUAAACUCUGUGUGGAAUCAGAGUUCAAAUUAUUUCAACUAGUUUUGUCCUGGAUAAAGCAUGACUUGAAUUCAAGACGUGAAAAUAUCGCCCUUCUGAUGAAAAAUAUCAGAAUUCCUCUGUUGUCUGGUGAGGAACUGGUAGAAAAAGUCAGUAGAGAAGAAUUAAUGAAGACUAGUCAAGAAUGUGUGGAUUUGAUCACCGAAGCCAAAGAUUAUCAUAUAGUUGUAUGUAAACAACCAUUGCUUCAAAAUACUCGAACUCAAGUCCGUUCAGAGAGGAGAAGUCUCAUUAUGUGUCAUGGCCACAGUGUUGAAACUUAUACUUUUAAAACAAAGAAACUUGGGUAUCUGAAAGAAUCCCCUGUUCCACUCUACAACCCUGCAGUGGUUGUAGUUGACAAUUUUAUGUAUGUGUGUGGUGGAAAAUAUGACAAUAACGAAAAUAAUGAAAUAGCCACUGCCAGAUGCUUCAGAUAUGAUCCGCGAUUCGAUUCAUGGUAUGAAACAGCUCCUAUGAAUGAAUCUCGUAAGGAUUUUGUGAUGGUUGCAAUGGAUGGAUAUCUAUACUCUAUAGCUGGGCAGGAUGAGAAUAUGGUAAUGUGUACAGUAGAGAGAUAUAAUAUAGUCACAAAUGAUUGGGAUAUGAGAGCUUCUAUUAAUCAUUCUGUGUAUGGCCACGCUGGAGCUGUUUGUAAUGGUCUGAUAUUUAUCUCUGGGGGUCAGAGGUUCUCGGGUUGUUGUAAAGAUGUGUUGUGUUAUACUCCCUCCACAGAUUCGUGGGAAGUGAAAGCCCCGUUAUUAAAUGCACGAUGUACCCAUGUUAUGGCAUGUGUUCAAGAUCAUCUGUACGUAUUUGGAGGCAAUAUUGAAGAUAAUUAUGGAUUCCCAGUUCCCAUUAUUGCUAUAGAGAUUUAUCAUCCAGAGACUGACCAAUGGACAUUGUGUGCAAGAACUUUAAACAUUAGAGAAGCAGGUGCUUGUGUAAUGGAUGACAGGAUCUAUAUAGUGGGUGGGAUCAAUGGUGAACACUAUUAUUCUGACUUACUGGAAGAAUAUGACUACAGAACUGAUACUCUUAGUGCAGAAGAGAAAUUUCCAACUAGAAUAUUCGGAAGAGCAUGUUGCAUCUUAACACUGCCCCAAUAUGUUUGUUAA